AACAACCACUAGAAAACCAGAAAAACCAAGAUGGCGGUGCAAGAGACAGCAUCUCAACUGUCGAUGGCUCUCAAAGUCCAAGAAUAUCCCACCCUGAAGGUGCCGUACGAGACUCUGAACAAACGUUUCAGGGCGGCUCAGAAGAACAUCGACCGGGAGACGAGUCACGUGACGAUGGUCGUCGCCGAGCUGGAGAAGACGCUGAGCAGCUUCCCGGUGGUGGACUCUGUGGUGUCACUGCUGGAUGGUGUGGUGGAGAAACUCAGCGCCCUGAAGAGGAAGGCUGCAGAGUCCAUCCAAGCAGAGGACGAGAGCGCCAAGCUGUGUAAGCGUCGCAUCGAGCACUUGAAGGAGCACAGCAGCGACCAGCCGGCCUCAGUCAACCUGUGGAAGAAGAAGCGCAUGGACCGAAUGAUGGUGGAGCAUCUGCUGCGCUGCGGCUAUUACAACACAGCUGUUAAACUGGCCAGACAGAGCGGUAUAGAGGACCUGGUCAACAUUGAGAUGUUUCUCACAGCUAAGGAGGUGGAGGAGUCUCUAGAGAGGCAGGAGACGGCCACUUGCCUAGCCUGGUGCCACGACAACAAGUCCCGCUUGCGCAAGAUGAAGAGUUGUCUUGAGUUCAGCCUGAGAAUCCAGGAGUUCAUCGAGCUCAUCAGACAAAACAAACGCAUGGAUGCAGUCAGACAUGCAAGGAAGCACUUCAGCCAAGCGGAGGGUGGACAGUUGGAUGAGGUUCGGCAGGUGAUGGGCAUGCUGGCCUUCCCAUCAGACACGCAUAUCUCUCCAUACAAGGAUCUUUUGGAUCCAGCCCGCUGGAAGAUGCUGAUCCAGCAGUUCCGAUAUGAUAACUACAGACUGCACCAGCUGGGAAACAACUCUGUGUUCACUAUCACCCUCCAGGCGGGUCUGUCUGCCAUCAAGACGCCUCAGUGCUACAAGGAGGACGGUACCUCAAAGAACCCAGACUGCCCAGUGUGCAGUAAAUCCCUCAACAAGUUGGCCCAACCGCUACCCAUGGCCCACUGCGCCAACUCCAGACUAGUCUGUAAGAUCUCUGGGGAGGUCAUGAAUGAAAACAACCCUCCCAUGAUGCUGCCUAAUGGAUACGUCUACGGCUAUAAUUCCCUUCUGUCCAUCCGCCAAGAUGACAAAGUGGUGUGUCCCAGAACCAAAGAAGUCUUCAACUUCUCUCAGGCUGAGAAGGUCUACAUCAUGUGAUCACUCGGAUGACCCGUAGAGUAUCCAGACGAGUAUCCCCGUCAUCCAUCCCAUGUGACCAGGCCUACUCGGAGAGCCACACCGUGGAGCUGUGAUCCAGUGCCCCCCCCUCACAGACACACCCGGCAUUUCCCCACAACCCCCCCUCUCCCAAAACACGAUCUGGCGCAAGUUCACCAGUUCCCUUCCCCCCUCCCGUUUUACUACACAGAAACUGGGAUCCUCUCCUUUGAGACUCUGGUUUUAGAUGUGGCUAAAGAACAAGAAGUUGAUCUGAUCUAUUCAAGCACAGCGACUAUCAACAGUUUCGUUAUCUGAAAGGUCCAGGAGUUGAAGUUUAGAGACUACAGUAAAGGACUUGAUGGGGUGGGAAAAACUGCUCGGUAGUUAUUUGAUUUUAUUACAACAAAUAAAAACCUGUUGAGGUUACUUUGA